CGCAGAGUUGAUGACGUCAAACAUUGCUCCGAGGUUUGCCGGCACCAGCGUGCUGCGGUACCCUAGAGAUGGCGUCUCGUAGCCGGAGACCCGAGCACAGCGGACCGCCAGAGCUGUUUUAUGACCAAAAUGAAGCCCGGAAAUACGUUCGCAACUCACGGAUGAUUGACAUCCAGACCAAGAUGACUGAGAGGGCACUGGAGCUCCUCUGUCUGCCAGAGGGUCAGCCCUCUUAUCUGUUGGACAUUGGCUGCGGUACUGGACUGAGUGGAGACUAUAUCUCAGAGGAGGGGCACUAUUGGGUGGGCAUUGACAUCAGCUCUGCCAUGUUGGAUGCUGCCUUAGACCGAGACACAGAGGGAGACCUGCUGCUAGGGGACAUGGGGCAGGGAGUCCCUUUCCGACCAGGUUCUUUUGAUGGCUGUAUCAGCAUCUCAGCUGUUCAGUGGCUCUGCAAUGCAAACAAGAAGUCAGACGUCCCUGCCAGGCGACUCUACCGCUUCUUCUCUUCUCUGUACUCUGCCCUCGUCCGUGGGGCUCGAGCUGUUCUGCAGCUGUACCCUGAGAACUCGGAGCAGCUGGAGCUGAUCACAACCCAGGCCACGAGGGCAGGCUUCACCGGCGGCGUGGUGGUGGACUUCCCCAACAGUGCCAAAGCAAAGAAGUUCUACCUCUGUCUCUUUUCUGGGCCUUCCACCUCCCUGCCAAAGGGGUUGACUGAAAGUCAGGAUGCAGACCAGGCCACCGAGUCCGCCUUCACCAGUGAAAGGGCUCCACACAAGAAGGCACGGCGGGACUUGGUGAAAAAGAGCCGCGAGUGGGUCCUAGAGAAGAAGGAGCGGCGCAGGCGCCAGGGCAAGGAGGUCAGACCUGACACCCAGUACACAGGCCGCAAGCGCAAGCCCCGUUUCUGAGGGCGCUUCAUCUAAUCAAGGGGAGUCUGGCCACCCACACCUGCAUCCAGUCCUGCAUCCAGUCCUACAGGCGACCCAGGCCACCCACACCUGCAUCCAGUCCUGCAGGUGGCUCUGGCCACCCACACCUGCAUCCAGUCCUGCAGAUGGCCCUGGCCACCCACUCUGCUCAGAGGUUGGGAGCUGUCCAAUCCAGGACCUGCCUCUGAGGAAUUUUCUAGAUUGAACUGUUUACUUCAGCAGCUAGCAACAUAGUAUUUUAGAAAAGUUGCGAAUUUCUCAAAAUAUUUUUUCACUAAAAGUGUUCCAGGGAUUUGGGUUUGGCAGCCCAGAUCAUGUAAUUCCAACACCCUCCUUGGAGGCUGAGGCAUCAAGAUGGAAAGUUCCAGGCCAGUCUGGGCUACACAGCAAAAAAACCUGUUUUAAAAAAACAAAGUGAAAAAAAUUUUCUAAGAAUGUUUUAUUUUGUCCUAAAUACAUUAAUUUAGUUUCUAAGUAACUGGUGGCUCUAUAUUAACCUGUGUCUCGGGUUCCUCUGUUAGGGACCACUGCAUGGCUCCUAGCCAGGAGCUGGAUUUAAAAACCUGG